AUGGUCGAAGCAACAGCCCAGUCCUUAACUGGCAACGAUUUUCCUCCGCUGAAAAAUGAUCUCAUACUGCGUGCCGCUCGAGGCGAGCGCACGGAGCGUGCACCUGUGUGGGUCAUGCGCCAAGCGGGACGCUACCUUCCUGAAUUCCGCAAAGUGCGUGAGAAGCACGCUUUCUUCGACAUUUGUCAAACACCAGCUCUUGCAACCGAAAUCACUCUCCAGCCAAUACGUCGAUACGCAGGAUUACUAGAUGCUGCUAUCAUUUUUAGCGACAUUCUCGUCAUUCCUCAAGCGAUGGGCAUGAUCGUAGAAAUGCCAGAAGGCAAAGGUCCCACCUUUCCGCAUCCUUUAGCCGACCCAGAGGAUUUAUCGCGACUGAAGCAUCCCGUCAACGUGGAUCAGGAGCUAGGCUAUGUAUUCGAUGCUAUAACGAUGACAAGAAAGGAGCUGAAAGGGGAAGUACCCUUGAUCGGCUUUUGUGGAUCGCCCUGGACCCUCAUGGCCUAUAUGAUCCAAGGUGGGGGAAGUCGAGGAGGAUUCCAUUCAGCGAAAAGGUGGAUAUUUCAGUAUCCGACUGCCUCAAAAGAACUUCUUUCUCGCAUAACUACCAUCUGUGUCGAUUUCCUCAUCGGUCAAGUUCGCGCGGGCGCACAGCUGGUUCAAGUGUUCGAUUCCUGGGCAAGCGAGUUGUCGCCGCAUGACUUCCAAGAAUUCUCGCUUCCAUAUCUCUGCAUAAUCGCUCAUCGCGUGAAAUCUGGAUUGAGUGAGGUGGGGAUGGAGCCGGUUCCCAUGAUUCUGUUCGCCAAGGGGGCAAACUAUGCGUUGGAGGAACUGGCUAUCACUGGUGGAUAUGACGUUCUGGGUCUCGACUGGUGCAUUGACCCCCUUGUUGCCCGCCAUCUGGUUGGGGAUUCGGUGGCGCUGCAAGGCAACAUCGAUCCAGAUAUCCUUUACGGCGGGAAGGAGGCAAUUCAGAGGGAAGUGAAGCGGAUGUGUGCCAGCUUCCGUUCAAACACCACCGAUGGGCCCAAGGGAUGGAUCGCAAAUUUGGGGCAUGGCAUCACGCCCGGCGUCAGUACAGAGGAUAUGGGCCACUUCUUGUCCUGCGUUCACAAAUAUUCUAGACAGGGGGAUGAAGUAGUAUGA